AGCUCAGAGCUCACGGCACGGUGUAUUUGUUUUCAGUCUCACAGCAGGAUGAGCAUGAUGAAGCGAGCGGUGCUGCUGCUGCUGGUGGUGGCGGUCGGGUCCAACGCAGACCCAGACCCAACACCAGCCACUGACGUGGUCCAACCGACCAAGGACCCCUGCCACGAUCUGACCCACAAAAUCCAAGUGGAAGACCUGCACAAGCUUAACGGUGAGUGGGUUCUGUUCUGGUCCGUUUCCAAUCAUAGCGAAGGCCACGACAUGCUGGCGAGUCUUGACACUUCCCACGUCGAGUUUCACUCUGACAACAAAACUUUGAUCUUCACAGAGAGGAACUUGUACAAGACUCAGGAUCCAAAGCGUCGUGAUUAUUUCAUCAAUGUGACGCUGCCCCACAAAGCUGAUGACCACAGCCACCACAACCAUGACGCCAACGACACCAACGACACCAACGACACCAACGACACCAACGACACCCACCACCAUGACACCCACCACCACCACGACAUCAUCCAUGUAGACGUCGUCGAGUUGGAGGUUGAUGGACAUCAUGCAAACUACAGUGACACCGCUGACAUAACCUUCUUCGAGACCUGCCCUGAAUGCAUGCUGCUGCUCUACAAAAUGAAAGAUUACAGUUUCCUGCUCAGCUACAGGAAGUUCGGGCACCAUCAGGACGACGAGAAGGUGAAGUCCGUCCACGAUGAUCACAAGGAACAUGCUGAGUGUCUGGGAUUCCCUCAUGACAAACCGUACAGCUACAACGGACAUUCAGAUUUCGCUCAUAAGAAAUCUGCUCCAGAGGACCAUGGUCAUGGUAGUGAUAAUGAUCACUGAACCAACAAGAAGCAAAUCAGAGAAAGUUAAAGAAAAUAAAAGCAAAUUGUGAACCCUGA